AUGGACGAAGACGACGCCCUCGCAAUCGACCCCGAAAUGGCAGCCUUCAUGGGCUUCGCCUCCUUCGGGACCCAACCCGCCGCCAAGAAGCGCAAAUACAACCACCGCACCGACGCCGUCUCCUCCGCGACCGGCGCGAACCAGACCGCACUCGCCCCGCGCGCUCCACGCGCUGCUCCGUCGACGACUGAGACUGCUGCCGCGCCCGCCGCCAACACCGAUGAGAUUGCCCUCGACGAUGACGACGAAGACGACGGAACCACUGCUGUCGCCGCCCAUGCCGGCACUGUUGUCGGAGAAGACGCGGACGCAGAAGAAGGCGGCGCGAAUCUUUAUUCUGACCCGACCGUCGCCCCGGCGCUCGCCCACGCGCAAAGUCUGAUAGACGAAUUGACCAACAACGGCGGCGCAGCACCGGAAGACGGAACCUCGGCGCCGCAAGCGCAGUCAACAACCUCAUCCCUCCCAACAUCAUCAGCACUACCCCAGCGGCCCGAUGCGUCGUGGGGUAAGGAGAUGGGCUCCGCUCCGACGACGAUGCCGACGAGGGAACGUCCCGAGCAGCACCAGCACCAGCACCAGCGUGGAGGUCGUCAAGGGUACGGACAGCAACAGAGGAAUGAUGGCAAGCCUUGGUGGGAUGGAUACUAUGACCCAGCGUCGAAUGAGAAUCCGUGGGAGAGGCUUGAGAAGAAAGCGGGAGUCCUGUCCAAGGGUACUUGGGUGGCGCGGGGAGCUCAAGCUCAGACGGCUUGA